GCGGGGAGCGCGGGGCGCUCGGGCCGGGGCCGCCGGCGCCAUGGGCAACCGCGGGAUGGAAGAGCUGAUCCCGCUGGUCAACAAGCUGCAGGACGCUUUCAGCUCCAUCGGCCAGAGCUGCCACCUGGACCUGCCGCAGAUCGCCGUGGUGGGCGGCCAGAGCGCCGGCAAGAGCUCGGUGCUCGAGAACUUCGUCGGCCGGGACUUCCUUCCCCGAGGUUCAGGAAUCGUGACCCGGCGGCCUCUCAUUCUGCAGCUCAUCUUCUCAAAAACAGAAUAUGCUGAGUUUUUGCACUGUAAGUCCAAAAAGUUUACAGACUUUGAUGAAGUCCGGCAGGAGAUUGAAGCGGAGACUGACAGGGUCACGGGGACCAACAAAGGCAUCUCCCCAGUGCCCAUCAACCUGCGGGUCUACUCGCCCCACGUGUUGAACCUGACCCUCAUCGACCUCCCGGGUAUCACCAAGGUGCCUGUGGGGGACCAGCCCCCAGAUAUCGAGUACCAGAUCAAGGACAUGAUCCUGCAGUUCAUCAGCCGGGAGAGCAGCCUCAUUCUCGCCGUCACCCCUGCCAACAUGGACCUGGCCAACUCGGACGCCCUCAAGCUGGCCAAGGAGGUCGACCCACAAGGCCUGCGGACCAUCGGCGUCAUCACCAAGCUCGACCUGAUGGACGAAGGCACUGACGCCAGGGACAUCCUGGAGAACAAGCUGCUCCCCUUGAGAAGAGGUGCGUUCAAAGUACCCAUGCCCCCUUCCCUCUGCAGAUGUACCCCAAGGUAUGUAUGUGCCUGGGAAGCAGUAUGGUUCCAGCCCCCCCUGCUGGUGGGUGUGGGAAGGGCUCCCGCCAUUGCCAUCCCCGCCAAGCUCAGCUCAGUGCUCAUAGUUAACCCCACUUUCUUCCAGAUUCUUCUUCUGAUUGACAUCGAGCAGUCCUACAUCAACACGAACCACGAGGACUUUAUUGGAUUUGCCAACGCCCAGCAGAGGAGCACACAGCUGAACAAGAAGAGAGCCAUCCCCAACCAGGGGGAGAUCUUGGUGAUCCGCAGGGGCUGGCUGACCAUCAACAACAUCAGCCUGAUGAAGGGCGGCUCCAAGGAGUACUGGUUUGUGCUGACCGCGGAGUCUCUAUCCUGGUACAAAGAUGAGGAGGAGAAGGAGAAGAAGUACAUGCUGCCUCUGGACAACCUUAAAAUCCGCGAUGUGGAGAAAGGCUUCAUGUCCAACAAGCAUGUCUUCGCCAUCUUCAACACGGAGCAGAGGAACGUCUACAAGGACCUUCGGCAGAUUGAGUUGGCCUGUGACUCCCAGGAGGACGUGGACAGCUGGAAGGCCUCGUUCCUCCGAGCCGGGGUCUACCCCGAGAAGGACCAGGCAGAAAAUGAGGAUGGAGUCCAGGAGAACACUUUCUCCAUGGACCCGCAACUCGAGCGGCAGGUGGAGACCAUCCGCAACCUGGUGGACUCCUAUGUGGCCAUCAUCAACAAGUCCAUCCGCGACCUCAUGCCAAAGACCAUCAUGCACCUCAUGAUCAACAAUACAAAGGCCUUCAUCCACCAUGAGCUGCUGGCCUACCUGUACUCCUCGGCGGACCAGAGCAGCCUCAUGGAGGAGUCGGCCGACCAGGCCCAGCGGCGGGACGACAUGCUGCGCAUGUACCAUGCGCUCAAGGAGGCCCUCAACAUCAUCGGGGACAUCAGCACCAGCACCGUGUCCACGCCCGUGCCCCCGCCCGUCGAUGACACCUGGCUCCAGAGCACUGGCAGCCACAGCCCCACUCCACAGCGCCGACCCAUGUCCAGCGCGCAUCCCCCGGGCCGGCCACCAGCAGUGAGAGGCCCGACCCCAGGGCCCCCUCUGAUUCCCGUGCCAGUGGGGGCAGCAGCCUCCUUCGCCGCGCCCCCCAUCCCGUCCAGGCCUGGACCCCAGAGCGUGUUUGCCAACAAUGACCCCUUCUCGGCCCCGCCUCAGGUUCCAUCUCGGCCGGCUCGGAUUCCACCCGGCAUCCCCCCUGGAGUGCCCAGCAGAAGACCCCCUGCUGCGCCCAGCCGGCCCACCAUUAUCCGCCCAGCCGAGCCAUCCCUGCUCGACUAGGCCGCCGGGGUGGCGUGUUCUCAGGGGGUCUUCGCACACCCGCCGUGCAGGAGCUUCGGUGGUCUGGGGGCCCCUCCACUGCCCCUGGCCCUGUCAUCCACGUGCCAGGACCAGGCUCCCUGUGGGCAGCCCCCUGACUCUUCCCUAACCUUGGCCCCCAUCCCCAGCUGGACACAGCACUGAACGAAGGGGCCCUGGAGCCCUGGGGCAAGGGCGGGAGCUGGGGUGUUGCACUUUGGGGGAUGGAGCCACAGGGUAGCUGAGGAGGGAAUGCACCCUGGGCGCCCUCUCGAAUGAGGAUUCAGGCUGGGGCCGGGGGGACUCAACCCAGGGCUUCUCUGGCCAGGAAAGCCUGAGACCAGGCCUUCUGGAAACUGGGGCAGCAAGAGUGCCUGUACCCCCCAGCCCUUCCUGGGGCCCGAGGAGCAUGUCCACUUCUCAGCAGCGGGAGCUCCAGGCAGUGAGCCAGGCCCAGCAGGCCCCACGCUGCCCACCCUGCAAGUUGUAAAUAUUCCUUCCUUGGCCGUAUUAACCACACGGCCGAGCCUCGGCUGCCGGAGGUGCCUUCGCCGGGUCCGGAAGCCUCCGUCCUCCCGGCCUCGCUCUCUCCUUCCUGGGUCCCCUCCUCCUCCUAGGUCCCCAGGGUGCCUCGGGCUCAGGGCUGAGUGAGUGGGGAGGCUGUGAGGGGCUCCUGGCUCCCGCCCAGGCCUCCCCGACGGGGUGGGCCCCAAGUGGCCCAUCGCCGAGCAGACCCUGCUCGCUCCUCGCUCGGUUUGACCACUGUAAGUGCCUGCACUCUGUAUCCUAUUAAUAAACUAAAAUAAAGGGAAGAAGCUUCUGGUG